GGAAUUGAUUGAUGUCAAUGGGGCACACCUGCGGUUCAACUGUCGGCUGUCAGUUUUAGUCAUUUUAUUGAUAUUAUUUUACAUAAAAACAAUUAUCAGAGGUACAAUUGAGUAAGCAUCAAAAUCGUAUUAUUUUAACCUGAUUUGUGAUGAAAUGUCGCAGCUGGGAUCGGCUGUGCCCUCAUCAUCAUACUUACCUGAGGGCUUCCCGGUGUCCAGUUUGGCCCUGCUGAUCCUGCUGCUCAUUCCCUGCGUGCUUCUGCUCCUGCUGAUCAACUGCCUGUUUGUGGGGUACAAGGUGUUCCGCAUGACCCUGAGGAAGAGAGACCGCUGCGGCUCGGAAAUCUCACUCAUGCACUCGUCGUUUUCCACCCGCCAGAGAAUCACCCGCUUCUCUGAUGAGCCUCUGUUAGCCCCAAACAGAAAGACCAACUUCGUCUCGGUCUCGGAACCGAUGCUGGCGCCUCCCAUUACCUCGUCCUUGACCUCCUCAGCGGAGAGAAGGGCCACCGGGCAGCGCGCCAGGUUUCUACGCCCGGAUGGGGCAACUUACGCUGGGUCCGAGUCACUACGUGCGCGCGUGCCGGACUGGAGGACGAGCGCCCCGGUGCUGCUGCAGUCCAGUGAUUCGGACACGGAGCGGGUCAACACUGUGCCUCCGAACUCUCCAGCACUGCAUGUGCCUCGAAACAGGUUCUCAAUGCCGAUGACUUCCAUGCGUAGAAGCAGCACCAUGGAGCUGGAGAACGCUCCUCUGGAUAAGAUCCAUGUGGAAUGUGAGUCCGCCAGCAUCAUCCCGCCUGAGAUCUCCUGCUAUGUGGCAUCGUCAAGCCCCUCGGCUCGAGGUUCUGGACUGGAUAGUGACUUUGGAGCCAGUGCAGGUGUUUCUCUGCGUAUCCUUUCUGUGGACAGUGAUGGUUUCCCGGGCUCUGCCUGGGCGUCCGCCCUGGAAUGGGAUUACUACGACCCAAGUUACGUCACUCAGAACCACAUACCAAAGCACAGACCUCACGCACCCCCCAUCACUACCAAACAGUACUGGGUCUAGAGCCUGAACAAGAACUUCAGAACAAGACUCCGAUCAGCCAUUCUUAUUCUAGAACUUCAGUUGAGCCGAGUCUUGGUUUCUGACUGGGUUCAGUGCACUUAAAAAUGUUCACUUGCUGUUUUAACUGCAAUACAUCACGUCUUGUCAAAGCACACACAAUCAAGAAAAAAAAAAAGUUUUCACGAUCACAGCUUACUUCUGCAGCAACUCCAAACAGGUUUGUUCAGAUUAUAAUUUUCUUUUUCUAGAAUCACUACACUGUUGCUCUCACUUUUAUCACUUUGACAAAGCAUUUGUUUUACACUUUUGAUUUGUCACUAUUUGUAUGUUUGCACGUGAUUCUUAGCAUGGAGUUACUUAGGUCUUCAGAAGACAUUGUUUGUGUCCUUCACCAUUUUGCCACCCUACACAUUCUUGUAGUUGUAAACAAAUUUCGAUUGUGCCUGAAUUUAAUAAAGUUUUUAAAAAAACGGUGUCAUUUUAUUGCUGUAGACUUCUGAUAAAACCUUAAU